AUGGCCCCACCCAGGACUCUGACCAGGGAAGACAGGGAGCAGAUCCGGUAUUUACAUGAAGAAUUUCCAGAGUCCUGGUCAGUUCCCAGAUUGGCUGAAGGCUUGGAUAUCAGCAGCAAUGUGAUCAGAAGGGUUUUAAAAAGCAAGUUUGUGCCCACAUUGGAGAAGAAACAGAAGCAGGAUGAAAAGGUCCUUCUAAAAGCUGGGCCUGCCCACUCGCUCCACCAGCUUGCAGGCCCUGGGGAAGCCUGGGAGCUGCUUUCUGCAGGCCGCCCUGUGUCAGGAGGUAACACCUCAUCCCAAGGCCAUGAUCAAAGCACAGCUUUGAGGGUGACAGAACCGAAUACUCAGCGUACAAACACAACAAGGAGACAGAAGGGAAGGAAUAAAGGAUUCCAGAGCCUGGAGAAGGAAAGCUUUGUGCCUGUUGCUGCAGCCCAAGGUCAGCACAGAGAGCUGCAGAAGUACUUCACCAGUGGUUGUGAGGACGCCAGAGGCUCUGACAGUGAUGGAUUGCCAAGUGCAAAGUAG